UGUCAGUAGCAAACGGUGAAACCAAGCGACUAGUGCAAAACAGCGGUACCAAAGCAAAACCACCGCGAACACUUAACGAAUCUGCAUCAAAACUGUGCAAAAGGAAAGCAAAACAGAAAUAACCGUAACAAAUCCAACAAGCAACAACCAAAUUGCAAAUGGACUACAAAGCGGAGCCCUGUGUUACGGCACACAGUCCAUUCAAUGCGGCCAGCGACAGUCAGGAACUGCGCGGCGCUAUGCGUGGCCUCGGCACAGACGAGCAGCAAAUAAUCGACAUCCUGACCACACGUAACAAUGCACAGCGACAGCUGAUUAGCGCCGCCUAUGCAACGGAAUUCGAAAGAGAUCUGAUUGACGAUCUGAAAGGUGAACUGGGCGGUAAAUUUGAAAAUGUAAUUGUGGCACUGAUGAUGCCGCCGGUGGAGUACCUCUGCCAGCAACUGCACUCGGCAAUGGCCGGCAUGGGCACCGAGGAGGCGACUCUUGUCGAAAUUCUGUGCACCAAAACGAACGAGGAAAUGCAACAAAUUGUUGCCAGCUACGAGGAGCAAUGGGGCCGCCCGUUAGCCGAGCAAAUGUGCAGCGAAACGUCGGGUUUCUUUCGACGACUGCUCACAUUGAUUGUGACCGGUGUGCGUGACCCGCUGAAUACACCAGUUGACCCUGACCUGGCUAAGGACCAGGCCUCACAACUCUUUGCUGCCGGCGAGGCCAAACUGGGCACCGAUGAGGAGGUCUUUAAUCGCAUCAUGUCCCAUGCCAGCUUCCCCCAAUUGCGUUUGGUCUUCGAGGAAUACAAAGAGCUAACGGGUCAGACCAUCGAGCAGGCCAUCAAGCAUGAGAUGGCCGAUGAGCUGCAUGAAGCCAUGAUGGCCAUAGUGGAGUGCGUCCAAUCACCGGCAGCUUUCUUUGCCAAUCGCUUGUACAAGGCCAUGGAUGGAGCUGGCACAGAUGAUGACACUCUAAUACGCAUCAUUGUCAGCCGUUCAGAGAUCGAUCUAGCCACCAUUAAGCAGGAGUUCGAACGCAUCUACAAUCGCACGCUACACAGCGCCAUUGAGGAUUCGGAAACAUCGGGCGAUUAUAAACGCGCUUUGACCGCAUUGCUGGGCGGCGCUUAACUUGGCCCAAGGCGCACAAUACAAAUGAAAUUAAAUUGU